AUGAUUGACCGAACAGCGUCAAUUGUUUGUUCAUUGCCUACUGUUGAUGGACGACCUGAUCGAGAAUCAUCUUCAACCCUCAGAUUUCCUCGUCGAUAUUCAUGUAACCAAUUGAGCACUGUACGAUCUGAAGGUGCUUGUUCAGCUCAAGCUUCCACCAACCGGAUAUGGCUUUCCUUGAAACUUAACCCGAUUUUCCAGUCGUACAAAAUCAUUGCUCAAAAUUGCUCCCGUGAAAGUUUAACAUUCAUUUUGAAAAUGAACGAUAGUGAUCGAAAAGAAAUUGAACAGCGAAACACAGCUUACUCAAUGCAGUUUUUGAUGGGCUAUCCGAAUCUGAUAUUUGAGGUUUCAACGCCGAAAAAUCAACAAAAUGACCCCUUAUGUAUUUUGACUUCUGCCGUUUCAUUUACCAUCCAAACCUUAAUUCAUCUGACACAAAAACGAUCAGGAAGAAAAAUCCUGCAUAUCCUGAAAUUUUGGUGAAU